AUGGCAGCUUCUGCUAUUCUUUGCCCAUCGUGUCAAGGAUUCGAUAUCCAGGCAUUUGCUAGGCCUGGAAGCCCUUGGAUAACGACGAAAACGGCCCUCGUCAGACAAGGGAGUCAGCAAGGUUGUCACUUUUGCCAAUUUCUCGUCGGAGGAAACGACAAGAAUUUCUUUCGUGAAAAUAGUUUGUUGAAGCGUGGAUUCGAAUGGCUCCACUGGGCCUCAGCAAGCCCCGUUGAUAUACCCAGCGAUAGCAGCUUAGCAGUACAGAGCGACCGCGGACUUCGAAUUUCCCUACUGCUUGUUAAGCUUUCCAAAGACCCGAAGCCUUCUUUAUACUCUAGAGGCGAUGGCUACAAUGUGUUAAAUCUGCAUGCUGAUCAAGGCAGUCCAGCAGCGACGAGCGGAGAUAUAAUCGGACUGCCUCCAGUCGACAGAGACCCUUCAUCUAAAUCGUCAUGCGAUAGGAUACGGCAAUGGCUUGAUUCCUGCGAAAGUCACCAAGAGUGUGCAAAGACCCUGUCCAUGACUCGAACUGUGGAAAGAGGUCGCGCUCCACUGCCAACAAGAUGUAUUCGUAUCGAUAAAUCAACGUCCGUGCCCAACAGACUUAACUACAGGUUAGAAGAGACUGGAGGUAGGUUGGGCGAGUACGUAUCUCUCAGUCACCGCUGGAGCAACCCAGAGACGCCGCGAUCAAGUACAUACCUCCGGAACUAUCAUGAUCGGGUGGCAGGUCUACAGUCAGCAUUCCAAGAUAUUGACCCGCUAUUCACGGAUGUCCUCUUAGUUGCCUCUCAGGUGGGUAUACAGUACGUUUGGAUCGACAGCCUUUGCAUUAUACAAGACAGUCCUCAGGAUUGGAACUCCGAGGCCGUCAAGAUGGCAGACUACUACCAAAAUGCUUCCUUCACUAUCAUGGCCGCCGUUCCCCCAAGUAAACGAUCACAAGGUCUUUUUCAUGUACCGGGGGGGGAUUUGUAUCGCCUCGCUCGACUUCCUUACCGAGACAAAGAGGGGAAUAGAAAAGGUCAUUUCUAUGUAUCAUGUCAUCUUGACCCUGCACGGGAGACACAGCGACACAAUCAGAUACAGAAGAAUGAUUUACUGACUCGGGGAUGGGUGUUCCAGGAGUGGGCUCUGAGUCGCCGAAUUGCCUGGUAUACAGAACAUGGCCUAACACUGCGAUGUAAGUGUCGCGAUCUUCAGCAUCAAGGGGAGAGCCUUCUCAACCUAGAUCCGAGCCCAAGUCUGCACCGAAUCCUUCCACUACUUGGUCUUGUAGUUCCCAAGCAUCGCUGGGACCGUUACAAAGCAUCGGCUCCCCCCUUUCAGUCGCCCCUCGACUGGCAAGCCUUGGUAUCACAAUAUUCGACGAUGCAGCUGACCAAACCUGAAGAAGAUCGUCUUGUGGCCCUCAGCGGUGUUGCACAGGAAUUCACUACUCAAGAAUCGUCUACUAAGCUGGUCUGUGGGCUCAGGCCGUGGUGCUUAGGGGUUGACUUACUCUGGAAACAAGAUACAGCGGGUAUACACUCCCGUUAUAUGGAGUUCCCCUCUUGGUCAUGGGCCUCGGUCAAUACCUCAGUCUCUUGGAUCAGGACGGAUGAUGCGACAGACUGCUUCAGCGUUCUUUCUGUUUCGUCUACUCCAGGUGGUCGUGCUGGAUCACCCGCUGGGACUGGCGGAAAUACCACGUCAUCCACUAGCGCACCAUCUGGUACUGCCAUUCAGGCAAUAGCGACUCUUCCAUUUGCUCCGGAGGCCUCUAUGAACACUCUAAGCAUUAGAUGUCGUCUUUUGACGGUUUUGUUUGGUCCCGUCCUGGAGGAAAAGUCCAGAGAUUUUAUUCUGAGAGCCAGUCGAUACCCAACGGAAGAACUGUCGUUGAACAGCCAACCACGAGGUGUAGCUCUGGCCACAGAGAAUGAAACUGUCGCAGGAUGGGGUUCUCUGGAAGAUCCUGAUCUUCAACUCGAUGACGCCUUUGCUAGGAACCCCAUCAUAUUCGCUCUUUGUAUCUCGGUCCUGACGGUUCCGCGAGGCUCUGGGUUGUUUAGUAGAAUUUGGGGUGGCGAAAGUAUCUUUAAUGUUUUGUUCGUUCGCCCCUGCUCGGCAGUCAUGAAUGGGUUUGAAAGAGUCGGAGUCGGUCGCCUUUUUGGGAUAGCUACAGGUAACGAGUUUCAGGCCAGUCAAGAGAGAGACAUUUGCCUCUUGUAG